GUUUUCUUCUCAUCGGCCAAAGGUGGCUCUUCGUGCCAGAUCUAUUUUAUGACACUGAAUAAGCCUGGCAUGGCCAACUGGUGAUAGCAGUCAAGCUGCACCACAAAUACUCACUUCAUUGGCACAACUAUCAGCAGAAAACACCAAGGCCCAAGCUUCCCAUGCCUGGCAGGCCCAGAUUCCCCCAUCUUGUCCCUCUUUUUCCCUGGCUGGGCCACACUUUUCAAGUCGGGCCAGUUUCCAAACAAUCCUUCAGUUCUGUUUACUCCCAAUGAAAUGAAACAGGUUUAGCUUUCUGCUCUGUGCCUCUCAUUAUUCCAACUCAUCAUUGCCCUUUCAGUUCACUCCUGCACAGUGUAUCUCUCAGGGUGUGAAGGUACUGUGGCCUGGCCCAGCCGUGAUAUUUUGCCCUGGGCUUUGGCCAUCAGGGACAGCCGAGCUGGGACCACUUUCAUCGUGUGUGCACCUGUAUGCAGUGCUUUACUCUUAUAUACAACAGUAAUUAGUAAUAACUCGACUCCUUUCUGGAAAAUGAACAUUUAUGGGGUCCACAUCUGGGCUCAACAAUGCUGAGCUGUGCUGUGGAAGAGGCCUGCAUUUACAUUGGAGAAAGAAUGGACGUAUCGAGUUAAUCUUCUGUGUAUAUGCAGGCUGGAGGACAUCUUAUGUUUGGACCAUGUUUGUGUUUCUACUCCGAACAUCUGAAAAGAGCUUUGCUUAUCAGCCUGGAGGGAUGUUUGUUAGUUGUCAGUAGAUUUUGAAACUAUAUUUUGUAUACAUGUUAAACUUACUUAGCAAAGAAUCACCUUGCCUGUGCUGAAAUUGCGUACUUAAAAAAACUAAUCCUUGUCCCCAACUUUUUGUAAAACAACAAUUUUUAUACUAGGCACAUAUGUAAUUGGGCUCAGGUUGUUUAAGCUGAUACAAGAUAAAGCAAUUGUUGUUUUUGUAAAAUUUAAAAGUACAUUUCCCUACAAAGUGAGAAACAUCCCAACUUUUUUAGCGUACUGAAGUGCUUUUAAGGUGUUUUGAGUAGAAAGGAAGAGAGGUGUGAACUGCUCUGCUUGCAUGGGGUACCCCUUGAAAAAUGGGGGUGCAAAGUGUGGUCUGCCUCGGUUACUUGGCUGGUGCAAUCAACAAGACUGGACAUUUUGUCGUGAUGGGAGGGGAAAGCUUGACUUAACAACCUAGUUUUUUUUUUUUUUUAGAAUGAGUAUGUGGUAUAUCAUUGUCUUAUCUUUGUCUUGUUUCUUUGUUGUGUGGUGCACCAGAUAAUCCUGUGUGACACCUUUUGGUUCUUUUUCAUUUACAAUGAAAUUUUGUUAGCAUUUGGAGUUGCAUUCUUUGUCAGCAACUCUCAUUAACUCUUUUCGGAAAAUGUUUCCUUAUACCAGUCACUUCACUUUCUGUGCUUUGUUCUCCUUCAUGGUUCUGUUUACAGAUUUAACCAGCUAGUCAUUUCCCAUAUGGGUAACAAUGUGUUUGCAAUGUAUUUGAAGAACAUCACUGUUCUAUAAUGAUGUAUAAUUUGUUGUAGUCAACUUGUUUUGCUGUAUUGUCAGGAAACAUUUUGUUGUGCUUUGUAAAUUGAACAGUUUAAUUUUGCAUGUGAGGAAAGAAUAAUCGAGCAAUUUUCAUUCUUUUUGUAGGUCUCCUCACAGUUUGUAGUUAUCUAACUGUGCUUAGUGAGUCUAGUAUUUUUUUUAUUUUGUUCUCUACUCAAUCUUGUCACAUAAUUAGUGAUAGAUUGACUCUGAGAACAUGCAUCACAGACCUAAAAAUUAUGCUUUCCAAAAAAGUUUUAUUAGAGGAAAGCUUGUAGUCUAUGUAUACAAAAGCAAUUGAAAAUUCUCAUUAAUAUAAUUGACCUCCAAAAUUGCCUGUUUCACAUUGGUAUACAUUAUAUGAAAACAUUUACCAAAUUGUACUUUUUGAAAUGUUCUUUUCCACAUAAUUUUGAAUUUUUGUUAUUCAGCAAUUUCAAGCAUUAACUAUCUAUAGCUUUUUCAUAAAUUUCUAACAAUGUAAUCUUCUAUGGUGCCAAGUUCAGUUCAAGAUGGUGCUUUAAAAUAUUUCUGGUGCUCUGUUUGACAAUCUUUUCCCCUUUUCUUAAGUUUAAGUCUCGAAUAUUCUUCCAUUACAUUGCUAAGAAAAAGUUUGCAAGAAGCUUUACAUUAUGUCUGUGCUAACCAAAUUUCAUUGCAAUACACUUGCUCUUCUUUGUAACUGUUCUUGACUUUAUAUGCAUUCUCCAAAGAUUUCUUUAUUUUUUCACUUUGUUUUGCAUAAUUGAUAAUGUUUACGCUGCUGAGAUUCCAUGUUAUGUAUAUGCAUAUAUAUGAAUAUGUUUACCUAUUAGGGACAUAGAAAGUGUCUAGCAUUGAAUAUUUGUAUAAGAUUUUUUUAUUAUAUUAUAGAUUCUGUAUUUAGUGUGAAUGUAAAAAUAUAUGAACAAAAGAGUGAAUGGUUGUGAUGCGUUUCAGUGCAUUUCUGGUGUGAUUAUUAUAAUUAAUAAUAAUAUUCUGUUAGAAUGUGUGUGUGAGUGAAAGAGUUUUAUUUCAAGGAGGAGAGUGUAUCUAAAUUUAUUAGGACUGAAGAUUGUUGACUGGUAUUUAAAUACAUAAAUACUUCCAAAUAAAAAACACGCAGAACAUAUAUUAGUGAAAACAAAAAAAAAAAUUCAUACCAGUUGAAAUGAGUGUUGUCAGCUGCUAAGAAUGGAAACUUUUUUCUAAUGCAUGCCAUCAGAUGAGAAUAAUUAUACAAUCUGCGAUAAUGCAAGUUUUCUGUGUGUGUUUCUUCAUCAGUAUACAGUAUAUAAUAUUUCUCUUAUAUAUAUGAAAAGUGAAAAGAUCAUUGGGCAUUUUUAGGGAGGGGAAGAAUCAAUGGUGCAUAUUACUUUCAUUUUUCCUUUGUUUGGAAGAUCUUUAUGAACAAAAGACAUGGUAGAGCCAGUGCUAUGAACAAAUAUUUGGGAUGGUUUGAGGUAUUGUAUUAUCAAUUAUUGUUUAAGUGUUAAACAAAGAACAUAUUUUUUGUGUUUUUUGUACAAAAUGUUUCGGUAAAAAAAUGUCUGAACCCAACCAUUGAGUGAUAAGUGUAGUCGACAAUGUUGCUUUUUAUACCUAUGAGGAUAAAAAUAAAAUCUUUUUCCUGUUAAUUGUGUUUGUUUCUUACUUGUAAAUAAUAGCAU